CAGUUCCGUCGCCUCGUGUGUCUGAGGCGUGUGGGUUUGUCGAGAAGAGGCGGACGCCGUUCACUUUUUUCUGCCGCCGCCAUCAUGAAGCCGAGAAAAAAUACCAAACGAGUUCCAAGCUUCCGCAAAUUACUGAAGACAAGUAAAAUAAAACUUGACAACAAGUUAAAAAACAAACAGUUCAAGCAACAGAGUACUGCUAAGAAAUACCGAAAAGAACAAAGGAAACUUAGACAAGCUGUCAAAGAUGUUGUAUCUAGGGCACCAAUGCCUUUGGAUGAUAAGAAAAAGCAUCCAGCAGAAAGGGAGGAAGAGGAAGAAGAGGAAGCUCUCCCUCUUGAUAUGAUGGAUGAAGAUGAUCUGAAAUUAAUGGAAGAGCUGGCUCAAAAGGCAUCCUUUAUAACAAGAGAUCUGACUUCGAAUGAACCUGUUCAUGCCAAGAAACGUAAGAACGAGAGUGUGAUUGAGAAAUAUGAGAAGAUCCCAAGGCGCAUGCAGACUGAGCCUGAAAAAGAACUCAUUCAUCUGCUUCCCAUCAAAGACAAACGUGGAAUUAUUCCACAGACCAUGGAAAAGCCAGUUGUCAAUACUGAAGAGGACAAAGAAGAAAAGGAUACAGCAGAAGAAAUGGAAGUAGCACAAGCUGUUGAAGAGCCCUUACCUGUUCUCACUGCUGAAGAGCUGUUAGUUUACAGGAGAAAAAAGCUACAAGAGAAGAAGGUACACAUAGCUGCCUUAGCAUCUGCUAUCCUGUCUGACCCAGAAAAUAACAUAAAGAAGCUGAAAGAGUUGCGUGCAAUGUUAAUGGAACAGGAUCCUAACGUGGCUGUGAUUGUGCGAAAGCUGGUGAUGAUUUCUCUGUUGGAACUAUUCAAAGAUAUUACUCCAUCUUACAAAAUCAGGCCUUUAACUGAGAGAGAGAAAAACACAAAGGUUAGAAAAGAAACACAGAAAUUAAGAGAAUUUGAAGAAGGCCUUGUGAGCCAAUACAAGUUUUACUUAGAAAAUUUGGAGCAAUCCGUGAAAGAUUGGAAGCAAAGAAAGGUGAAGAAAAGCAAUGUGAUUUCGCUAAAGGCAUACAAAGGCCUUGCGGAGAUUGCUGUGAAGUGCUUGUGCGAGCUGUUGGUGACCCUGCCUCACUUCAACUUCCACAAUAACAUUAUAGUACUGAUUGUACCACUCAUGAAUGAUCCUUCAAAACAGAUCUCUGAAAUGUGCUGCGAUGCAGUAAAGAGCCUCUUCAAGCAGGAUAAGAUAGGCUUUGCCUCACUUGGUGUGGUGAAGGUAAUUUCUGGCCUUGUGAAAAGCCGGAAUUAUGAUGUUAGACCUGAGGUGUUAAUGACACUACUUCACCUAAGAAUUAAGGAAGUAGAAGUAAAAAAAGAUGCAGAAGACAUUACCCUGAAGAAGAAAUUCAUGUCCUAUAAAGAAAAAAGGAAAAAUCUGUCAAGGAUGCAAAGAAAGUGGAAGAAAGCAGAAGAGAAACUGGAGCGAGAACUCUUAGAAGCAGAAGCCUCAGAAAGUGCAGAGAAAAAACUGAAACUGCACACAGAAACCUUGAAUAUCGUAUUUUUAACUUACUUCCGAAUACUGAAGAAAGCACAGAAGUCUCCCCUUUUGCCUGCUGUGUUGGAAGGUCUUGCAAAGUUUGCCCACCUCAUAAACUUGGAAUUUUUUGAUGACCUUUUGGUUGUUCUGCAUUCUCUUAUUAUGUCAGGGGUGUUAAGCCACAGAGAAGGCCUGCACUGCAUCCUUUCUGCUUUUCACAUUUUGUCUGGUCAAGGUGAUGUCCUUAACAUUGACCCUUUGAAGUUCUAUACGCAUCUUUACAAGACAUUACUUAAACUACAUGCAGGUGCUACAAAUGAAGAUGUGGGAAUAGUGUUGCAGUGCCUGGAUGUAAUGCUCACCAAGCGUAGAAAACAGGUGUCCCAGCAGAGAGCUCUUGCUUUCAUAAAACGCCUUUCCACUCUAGCACUCCACGUUCUUCCAAAUGCCAGCAUUGGGAUCUUGGCAACCAGUAGAACAUUAAUGCAUGUUUUCCCAAGGACUGAUCUUCUCCUAGACAAUGAAUCUCAAGGGAGUGGACUUUACCUUCCUGAACUGGAAGAGCCGGAGUACUGUAAUGCUCAGAAUACAGCAUUGUGGGAAUUGCAUACUCUGCAGAGGCACUAUCAUCCAGUUGUUCAGAAAUUUGCAGCUCAUCUUGUUGCUGGUGCUCCAGCUGAAGGAUCAGAAGCUCUUGAACAUGAAUUUAGUCGGAGGUCACCUACAGAACUUUUUGAGGCCUACAGUAUGAAAGGAAUGACUUUCAAUCCCCGUGUUGCAUCAGUUGUACCCAGGAAAAAGGGUAAAUUUUUACAAGGAGAGUCAUUUCUGAAUGAAGACUUGAAUAAACUGUUUAAGAUUCUUCUUGAAAAGCCUGCUGUCCAAGAAGCCCUGGAUUUUGCUAAACAUUUAAAGGCAUCACCACUAUUAUGAGUAUAUUACAAGCCUAUGCAAUUUAUUUAAAAGAACCAAAUGUAUGAAAGAAACAGUGACCUGUUCUACAAAGAAUUCAAAUUACAUUUUACUAUGGCUGCUAGAUUUUCAGGAAUGAACGAGCACAUAAUGGAGUGGCACUUCUGUGUGUGUUGUAGUCCCAUUUGAUGUAAAUGUUAGGAUGUUCUUCAAGAAUUCAGGAACCAUGGAUUCUGUAGUGAACUUUAUAGCAGUUUCUAAUCCGCUCAACUUUGAAGUUUGCUUCAACUUAUGUAUAAUAUUAUUUAAUAUUCUCAAUGCAAGGUAAUACUUUUCCUAAAAGAAAAUUUAAAUAUGGAUUGACUCCUAGAAAUUUUUUUGAUUGUAAAAUAUAUAAAGCUUUUUUUUCCAUUUCUUUUUUUUAAAAAAAAGAUGAUUCUGGCCUGAUCAUUCUGUUUGUAUAUU